AUGGCCAACAAUGCAGAGGACGCGCGUUUCUCCAAGUUGUUCUCUAUCUACAUCUCGGAGGCCGAGAAGUACGAUAAAACACUGGUCGAUGGAUGGCGGAGUGAUAUGGAGAGCAUGAUCAUCUUUGCCGGUCUCUUCUCCGCCGUGCUCACCGCAUUCAUCAUCCAGAGCUACCAAACCCUCGCGCCGGACAACGCAGCGAUAACCGCCCAGCUGCUAGCGCAAAUUUCCGCACAGCUGGCGAGCGGCUCGAACGCGACGACCGCCGCUUCGCUUCCUCCAUUCACACCCGACCCGUCCUCCCUCGCGUGCAACGUGCUCUGGUUUCUGAGUCUCGGAUUUAGUCUCGGAUGCGCGCUGCUGGCGACGCUCGUCGAGCAGUGGGCGAGGAACUUCGUGCAGAAGGUGGAUAUGCGACCGUCUCCGCCCAUCCGAGCCCGGGUCUACUCUUUCCUGUACUUCGGAAUGAAGCGGUUUCGGAUGCACGACAUCGUGGAAGUCGUCCCGUUCCUCCUCCACCUCUCACUCUUCCUGUUUCUUGCCGGGCUGGUGCUUUUCCUGGUCACGGUCAACACAGCCGUGAUGUAUCUCUGCGUCGGCAUUCUUGGCCUCAUCCUGGUUGUCUAUAUGACAGUGACUGUGCUUCCGCUGUUGUGUUCCGACUGUCCGUAUCAGACCCCCCUCACCAAUGCCUGCUGGAAUCUGGCGUUGUUCCUCACGAGACUGUCUGCCCUCGGUCCCGCGGGUGCUGCGCCAACGAUGACAGAAAGGAUGGUGACCAACGCGACUGCAGCUGUCGACACGAAACGACAACGGGAUGUCCGAGCUCUGACGUGGACUGUGAAGUCGCUCGUCGAUGAUAACGAGCUGGCGCCCUUCAUUGACGCUCUUCCUGCGGCUCUCUCGGCGAAAGUAGUGGACCUCCGGAGCCCCUUGAUCGUCGCGCUUUCGGAGGACAGGGAAGCUCGCAUGGUCGCUCGAGUGCUGACGUUCCUGCGCUCGGCCAUGGCAGCAAACGAAACACAGCGGUGCAUUUCAGCCGUGAAAGCUGUCGUCGCAUUGGCGCGUAUCAGGGUUGCGGUUCACGAUACAUCUUCUCCUCCAUCAUUCCUUCCAUUUUUUGCACGGGUUCACUUUGAAUCCGAGCUCGGGGUGGGGCAAUUGUCGCGACAACUGAUCUCCUCGCCAACAAAUGGCUGGAAGUGGCUUUACACGAAUAGCCCGAGUGCAGCACUGGAGAAUUAUUGGCGGACCAUGCGGGCUCUCAUGUUGUGGAGCUGCGCAGCUGAAAUACAGCGCGCGCUGGAGGACGCGGAGCGCACAUUUUACCAGUCCAAUUCACAAGGGAAUAUCGCAGAAAUCUUCCGGUCCAGGUUGGGUGUUUUCGGCCGGCCUCGAUAUCCGCUUCCAUUACCCAGCCUAGUUGGCUUAUGGAUCCGCCCACCGACAAUCGCUGUUCAAUCUCCAGAUCUGUUUGAUGUUACCCGUGCAGAGCUGUCCGAUGCCAGACUCGACCUCCUCUGCACAUAUUUGCUCGAAUCCCUCAACCAACAGGAGCUUCCUUACGAAUUCGAAUCCUGUUUCGAGCUGCUUCAGCACGAUUGCCGUCCGCCAUUUUCGUCCCAGCACCAAGAAACGGUUGCAAAAACGAUCGUGACCUGGGCAAGCGAGUACUGGAAAUUUUCGAACGCUGAACACGCAGCUUUAAUGCCCGGCAUUCGGUUCCUCGUGGAUGCGUUGUUGAUGUUUUACAAGAGCCAUGGCACAGCUUCCCCACUGACGGAGUCUUCCCUCGAUGCUGUGGAUGCGUUGUUGUCGUUCAUUGGCCGACACGAUGCAUCUGACCGCACGUUCGUCAUCGGGACUGUUCUGCGGCUCUCUGAGUCUAAUCGAUCGUCCAUCGCUGAGGAGUUUAUGCAUCUCGUGACGAGGUAUAUCAACGAGAGCCAUCAUAUACCCCAAGCAAGCGAGUGGACCCUUACCGGACUCUGGGCGCUCGGCGCGUGGACCUCGUCUUCCGGCAUCCAUUCGUUAUCCAUGGGCGAUAGAAACUCGAUAGCGCGGUUGGAAUCACUGAACGAAAGUGCCAUGGCGCCUUGCGCCUCGAUCUCCAUGACCAUCAGCCACCUCCUACGAAUUCGAUCAGAGCUGAAUCGGGUGGAUCCCAAUGACCAGGAUGCUGUUCACGUUCUCUACGAGCAAAACCAGAACCAUUUUCUUUGGCCAGAAGUCACAGCCGCACAGAGCCUUGCGAACUUCGAAAUGGAGCACUCGAGCGCAGCCGAGAGAUAUCAGCAACUCAGUGCGCACCUGCAGAUUCGGCUCGGCGAAGCUACGUUGGCCACCCUUGCUCGCUUUAUUACCAGAUCCGCUCGGCACAUGGUCCCGGACGAAUCGUCUCUGGCGAUGCGCCUUUUCGCAGAGAAUUUGCAUCCCAAGAACGAUGCGGCCGUGCAUAUGCAGCACCGGAUCGACCUUGUCGACUCUCUCAGCUUCUUUGCUGGAUCACAAAAUUCGCGCAACUCCUUGGCUCCACUCAUCGAUCACGGCCUCGAAGCUUUCUAUGUUUAUCUUCUGCAUGAGGAGGUCUUGGAAAAACUCGAGGCAAGGGUCAGGGGACAGCAGACUGGUCACGCGAUGAAGCAGCUAGAGGCAAUUUUGAGUAAGUUGCGGGGGAUGUCGGACACAACUCUCGAGGAGAGAACAGAGGGAGCUACUUAGACUUCAUGUUGAAUUUCAGUAGUAUUCCCGGGAUGCAGCUCAGCUGUCCCGGAACGUUCCAGAUCAUUAGAUCAUUGUCUUUAG